UGUGCUCAGUUCACUUGUUAAAGCUCCACCAUGGAGCUUGUAAAAUCGGGUCUUUUAUUUAGUCUUUUUCUCUUCUCAGGUAAGUCAAUGAAGUGUCACUCAUAAGUGAUGUUUUAGUUUAUUUCUGUUAUCCCUUAAACAAGCGUAAAAUAUAUGAAUGAAUUUAUAAAGGAAGGAUUAAGUACCUUCUAUGAUUAAUGGCACUCGUUUUGAUAUCUCCAGUCUUCCUAAGGGGCUGAAGUACAUGUAAGGUGAUGUUCUGUAAGGGGUGCGGGGGUCAAGAGUACAUUUUUCAAACAAAUGUGCUCAUCCUUUAUCUUGUCAAAAUCUCCAAUUCAUUUUCUUAACUUGAUUUUAUAAAUAAUUAAGGAUACAUUGUCGUUCAAACGUAAGCUUUUUGGGGCCACGCAAUAUUGUUUUGAUUUAUUUAGUAUAGUGUUCUUUGAAUCACAGUAAAAUACUUUCUUUUGGUAUGGAGGCUAAAAUAAUAAUUUGUAAUGGUAAAUGUUUAAUAUACUACAUGAUAUACUAAAUAAUAAUAUACUCGCUAAAAUUUAGGGUGACUUACUCAUUUAUAUAUUUUAGAAUGAUAGUAAAUUCAACAAAAUGGAAUAAUUUAAAUGAAAGGAAACACAAAAUAUGCUUAGAAUUUGCAGAACAAAUUUUCUAUGUUAUUCUAAUUCCCUUAGGUUGAGAAUAUUGAAAUAGUUCUUAUCUGGGCUCUUAUUGGCUGCUUUCUAUUCAAUUUCAGCUUAACUUUAUUUGUGUCUACAGAUAUUUAUGCAAACAUUUCACUUCUAAACAGUAGUGUAUAGACUAAUGGAUGAAGAUUGUUUUUACUGUGAUUUACGGACUCACUCGAGUUGUAAUCUUAGUACACAAUUUAAACAUUGUGGCCACUAAAAAAACAGCUAGUAAACGUGCGCAAAUAUGGACAUUUAUGGUUUGGUUACAGAUGUUUGAGAGAUGCCAAUGAAAUACUGUAUCUUGACAAUGACUAGAAAUAGGCCUAUAUGUAGCUACAUGGAAUUCAAAGUCAUAAAUCAUAAUCAUGAGAAAAAAAAGAAAUAAGAAAGGUUGAAUCUCUAUGUUUGUUAGAGAUUGUUUCCUGUGAUGUCAUAAUCUGUUCUUUAUUAGCUGCAGAAGAUUGUAUGCACAGCAUAGGAGAAAAAUACAGAGGCAAGAUCUCCAUCACUGAGAGUGGACACACCUGCCAACACUGGCCUACCGGUUUUUUGUGGGGGAAGUGGAGGAUAACUAUUGCAGGAACCCCAUUGUACAACUCAGGCCCUGGUGCUAUUCCACAAAUCCAUUCAUACUCUUGGAGUUCUGCUCUAUUCCUCAAUGCAUAGAAGAUGUACCGGACACAAUUGUUCCAGAACACACCUGUAUUACUGGAGAUGGAAGCUCAUACAGGGGAACUGUUUCUGUGACCAGAUCAGGAAAAACUUGCCAGAGUUGGACAUCUCAAACACCUCACAUGCAUGACAGAACUCCUUUGAACUACCAGUCCAAAGGUCUUGUAGAGAACUACUGCAGGAACCCUGAUGGUGAGGGAAUGUCCUGGUGCUACACCACAGACCCUUGGACCCGCUGGGAAUACUGCAAUGUGCCCAAAUGUGAAAACCAACCUAGACCUGUGGCAUGAAGACUCAUGUGUGUGGUGGAACUCUGAUUCACAAGGAGUGGGUCCUAACCGCAGCUCAUUGUCUUGAUGGGUCUGAAAGCCACAACAUCUUUACAAUCCAACAUCCCAUUUACACGAUCUUCCUUGGAAUCCAUACAGAAUCUGCUAAUGAACCAUCCAGACAGGAACGAGGUUUUUCUAAGAAAAUUAUGGGACCAUCUGGAACUGACAUUGCUCUUCUCAAGCUAGACAGGCCUGCAGAAUUAAAUGAUAAGGUAUCUCUGGCAUGUCUACCAGAAAAGGACUACAUUGUACCACAUGGUACAGAAUGUUUUACGACAGGCUGGGGAAAAACAAAGGGAACUGGUGGACAGGGUUACCUGAAAGAAACCAGCAUCCCGGUUAUAGAGAAUAAAAUCUGCAAAAGUGCAUCGUCUUUGUAUGGUCAUGUGAAGGACCACGAGAUCUGCGCUGGGCUCAGAGAGGGCGGAACAGACUCUUGUCAGCGGCGGCCCUUUCGUCUGCUACGCACAGAACAAGUUUAUUCUUCAAGGAGUGACAUCAUGGGGAGAUGGCUGUGCAGAUGCCAUGAAACCUGGAGUAUACAUCCGUGUCUCUAAAUUUGUCGACUGGAUUGAAAAAAGCAUUAAAGAAAACUGAUAAAGGUUCAUGUUAAACACAAACAUCGCCAACUGAUGUUGAUAGGAUUUAAAACUCUAAAUUGAAAUUUAAUCCAAAUGGGUGUGAAUUUUCUUCUGCAGAACAACAAAAAAUGUAUCAAAUAUGUAUAGAAUUUGUAAUAAAUCUCCAUAAAAGGGAAGGAAGGAGUCGGGAACCGCAAGACAUUUGAAAACAUUUAAUAAAGUAAUAUAACAGCCGGCGGCCCCUCACGGACGACCGCCGGCGAACAACAACACAGUAAAACAUAAAUACAUAUACAAACACUUCGGGCCCGGUCCUCUCUCUUCGACGGUCCGGUCGCUCGUUCCUUUUAUAUGCUCCCAAUCUCCUACGUGAUUCGAGCCCGGUGUGCGCACAGCUGGCGCUCAUUCACAAUUACUCACCGGACUCGAACCACGGUCUCGCCCCGCCUACUCUACUACAGAAUUAUUUUAAUCAAUUGCUUAAAUUUAAUGUUAUUCCCUAUUGUGAUUCUCAACUAAAGGUAUUUUGAACCUUUGUUUUUAGAUACUCUUCAUUCACAUAUAUAUUGAUUCUGUCAUAAUCCAGGCCUCAGGGCUGCCAAAAUUUCUGAUUUUUUUGGGAGUUUGUGUGUUGCUUGGGUUUGGGAAUCUCAGAUGGGGCAGAUGUUUGGGAUGUAGGAAUGUCUUAAAAACAAACUUGCAUUAGAAGUGCAUUUUUUUUUUACUUUCAAUAUUAGGUGAACUGUCCCUUAAAAAAUCUUUAUAUGAAUAUCGUUUUUUAUUCUUAACUUUCUUACUUAAUUUUACUUGUACAUUCUUAUAUAAUUUGUACCUUCAAUUUCACUUUACAUCUGAAUGUCUAUUUUCUGUAUGUCGGUCUGCAGUAUGUUUUUAUAUCAUUCUAAAUCAUAAUGUACUUUAUAACUUCUAUGUUAUAUAAAUAAAAUUACUAAUCAUUUCGCUAGAUAA